AAGGUGUUCAGUAUGUUGAUGGUUUAAUAGAAAAAACUUUUAUUUUUUACACAUAUAUUUUAAGUUGGUCUGGUGAUAUUCUAGCACUUGCUAAGGUCAUGAAUACAACUGGUCAUAAUUCUUAUAAGGCUUGUCGAUUUUGUUUUAUUCGUGGAGACCUACUAUUACGAACACAUGAAAAUUACUUGUAA